AUGUCAAGUUUUGAUCCAUAUGCCCAUAUUGGCUUGAGUUUCAACCCCGACGGAAGCCUCCAUCGCGGCUUCCAUAAACUCCAAACAGAUGCAAACCCCGAGCCUUCACCCGGAAUUUCAACGGUGUCUAAAGACAUAAUCAUUGAGAAUGAAAAAAAUUUGUGGAUUCGUGUUUUCAGGCCAACAAAGCUUCCAUCAAACGAUAAUAUGGUGGUGCGUAUACCAAUAGUAAUCUAUUUUCAUAGUGGUGGUUGGAUAAUCUUUAGUCCUUCCGAUUCAGACAUUCAUACAAAAUGUUCGAACAUAUCCUCUGACAUCCCUAGUAUUGUUGUCUCUGUCGCAUAUCGUCAUGCGCCAGAGAGUAGGCUUCCCGGACAAUAUCAAGAUGCCGAAAAAGCUAUUUUAUGGGUGAAAAAUCAAGUUACGAAUGGUAACGGCGAGCAGUGGCUAAGAGACUAUGGCGAUCUUUCAAGAUGUUAUCUUUAUGGAUGUGGUGUUGGUGGGAACAUUGUGUUCAAUACAGCCAUGCAUAUUUCCGAUAUGGACCUGAAGCCUCUCAUGAUUUGUGGCCUUAUUAUGAACCAACCUAUGUUUUCCGGAGAGAAAAGGAAAAACUCAGAAUUAAGGUUUGCCACGGAUCAGACACUCCCCUUACCAGUGUUGGACAUGAUGUGGAAUUUGGCUUUGCCUAAAGAGACAAAUCGUGACCAUAGGUAUUGCAAUCCUAUGGCACAAGGGCCACAUUUGGAAAAUGUAAAGAAAAUAGGAAGGUGUCUUGUUAUUGGUUAUGGUGGAGACAUCAUGCUUGAUCGACAACAAGAGUUUGUGACUAUGUUGGUCAGAUAUGGGGUACAAGUUGAAGCUCGGUUUGAUCCUGUUGGGUUCCAUAAUAUUGAUAUGGUGGAUCCUUCUAGGGCUAGUGCAGUUAUGAGUAUUGUUAAGGAGUUUAUACUUUGA